GAGCGCUGGCGGUUUGUUACAGCGGGUAGAUCCAUCUGCCUCUCCACAAGGUGCUAUCACAUCCUUUCCCCCCCGCCCUCUCCCCUCCCCACACACACACGUUCAUGGAUUACGCAAAGCAGCUCGCUGAAGGAAGCAAGGCCGUGGUGUUGAGCGGUACCGGGUCGGGCAGGCUCCCCGUGUCCGCUGGCGGUGAAACGGGCGGCUGGCUGAACGGGCAUUCGGAGCCGCCGCAGUGGUCGGCGCAGCCGAGAGCGGCCGGUCAGUGGAAGGAGGAGCGGACGCGCAGCACCGAAGACAAUCAGAUGAACCUGCCGAGCCUGCAAGCUGCGUACUCGACUAUCCUGAGAGGGCUGGGCGAGGAUCCCGGGAGACAGGGGCUCUUGCGGACGCCGUGGAGAGCCGCCACCGCCAUGCAGUUCUUCACCAAAGGUUACCAAGAGAAGAUUUCAGAUAUUUUGAAUGAUGCCAUAUUUGAUGAGGACCAUGAUGAGAUGGUAAUAGUGAAGGACAUUGACAUGUUUUCGAUGUGUGAACACCAUUUAGUUCCAUUUAUUGGAAAGGUACAUAUAGGUUAUCUACCUGAAAGACGGCUCCUUGGUCUUAGCAAGCUAGCCAGAAUUGUUGAGAUUUACAGUAGGAGACUUCAGGUCCAAGAGCGUCUCACCAAACAAAUUGCUGUUGCAAUCACAGAAGCCUUACAACCUGCAGGAGUAGGAGUUGUAGUUGAAGCCACGCACAUGUGCAUGGUGAUGAGGGGAGUACAAAAGAUGAACAGUAAGACGGUAACCAGCACUAUGUUAGGUGUUUUUCGGGAGGACCCAAAGACCCGAGAAGAGUUUCUGACUCUUAUCAGGAAUUGAAAAUCAUGCCCUCGAUGGAACUUCAUUAAAUGUUCAGGAUGUUUAUAGACGUUCAGUAAAUGCUUUGUAUUGUAAGAGGUAGAGAUGUGGGAUUCAUAUUUUCUUGCAAGUCACACUGGUAGAAACUGUAAACUAGGGCUACGUACUUGUAAAACAUUUUAGUUUUAUAAACUAUGACUUUGGAAAAACAGCUGUGCAUCUGAUGCAAUUAAACAGAUUUGUAACAGCUGCAAAUCUAUAAAGUUUGACAAUUAUCUCAAAUAUUUUCUUCUUCCAUAUUUAAGUUGGAAUGAACUAAUAAUCCCAAAAAUACACUAAGUAUUAAAUUUAUUCCACAUAAGUCAAAUGGUUUCUUCCCAACACAGUUCAGAUACUUUCAUUUCCCUUGUCAGUAUUUGUCAAUGCAUCUCAUGUCUUGAAGUUGAUAAUGCAGUGGCAGAAGUUGCAUUGGAGAUGAGAUAACAGCAUAGGUCUUCCCUUCCCAGCCCACUGCACCUCAUGACUGUGCUAUUGUUUCUUCUAUCCAACUUUCCCAAUCAGUAAACUGAGCACCAGAGGCAGAGUUUACUUAUCCAGUAAUGUAGAUCAGACAAACGUCACUUUUCCAGGCUCAGCAUGUUAAUUCCAAAACUGCAUCCCCGUUCUCUUUUCUUUUCAGUCUUAACCAGAAUGCUUCUACAACUACGAUUCUAAUUGGUUCUGAAUGUUAAGCUUUGUAUAUCCACCAUUUGAUCUGGACCACAUACCAUUUGUGACCAAACCAAUCCAUUUUAAUUGUUUCAUCCUGGCAGCCCUUGUUUGGAUAUCACAAUUUUAAGUAAUUUUCAAGUUAUCAGUUCAAAACUAUUCUAUGUAGAAUAACCCUGACUCAAUUCUUCCAAAAUUUAGAAGCCCAGGGGAGCAGUUGUGGUCUCUGUGACCAAAAAUGGAACUGAUACUCACGACAUUGUCUGACCACGUUUCAUUAAGACCUCCUUUAAGUUUACGUAAUCUAAUUCAAUAUACCAUUGCUUUUCCAUGGAAAUUAUAACUUGAAAAUGGCCUAGUCAUGUUGUCAUUUAGAGUCCAAAAAUAUAUUGAUCACUGUCUUGAACGUAUUUCAGUAACUGAACAUUCACAACCCUCUGGAAUACAGAAUUUUAAGAGUACAAACUGUGAAGAAAUUUCGUGAUUGCAUCCGUAAAUGCCUGAGCAUUUAAAGGGAGUCUCUGCUACCUAGUUCUAUAAGGUCUCCAGUGAGGGGAAGCAGCUGCACAGCAUCAACCCUGUUAAGACCUCUUAGAACUUUUUAUACUUUAAAUGAGAUUAUUUCUUGUUCUACUAAUCUCCACUGAGUAUAGUCCAAACCAUUUCUCCUCAGGAACCACCCUCUCAUCCCAGGAAUUGACCUUUCCAAUAUCUCUGGGGCAAGCAUAUCUUUCCAAGAGUAGAGACCAAAAUGCCACUGCAAAUGUAUUUUUUUCCAAAGCCCUAUCCAAUUUUCAACAAGAAUUCCUUAAACUUGUACUCCAACUACAACACCCUUAAUUACACAUUUGCAAUAAAGUCCAUCAUUCACUUUGCCCCUCUCAUUAAUAGCUGUCCCUGAGCACAAAGGAUGCAGCACAUUAAUAAAGUACCAUGGAAUGGAUGGGGAUUAUUUUCAAAUACCUUCACUGAGAGUUCCUAAUACCAUUUGGUCAAUUAGAGCAGAUGUGGGUGGUAGAAGGGAGAGAAUAUUUUCUUUGAGGGAAAAAAUAAAAUUAGGGAAGUUAUAGUAGAUUUAGAAACGGUCAAGAUAUGGUGAGAAAAAUGAUAUCUGGUAAUAUUUUGAUAUUAGCAUUGACAGACUUAUCUCUAAAUGAGAUUACAGACUGCUAUAUUUUCCCGUAUGAAUGUGGAUUACCAAAUUUAAGAAAUUUGACACUGAUAAAUGAUUGAGAUUUUUAAAGUUUAAAAAAAGUGAGAAUCAACUUUGAUGCAAGGAUCAACCAGUCACCUGUUUAUCUGUUGGCAAAGCUAUUCUUAUGACAUAUUUCUAUUUUACAGUGUUUAAAUGUGUAAUUAUUAAUCAAAGCUCUAACACAACAGAUGCAAUCAUUCAAACUAGGGUUUUGAAAUCACAUGUAAUAGAUAUUAAGUUUAAUGAAGUUAAAUGGAAUUAUUUUGAUGCUUGAUUUUAAUGGUAGUGUUAAAAUUCUUUAACGAUACUAAGUUAAUGCCUCUGUUAGAAUCUAGAUAAAGAAAUUUGUAGAAGUGCAUUAGCAGUUGUAUGUAUAUAGUAUAAUUUCAAAAUCCAUAUAUCAAUGAUGAUCUUAACUAUUUAACUAUUUAUAAAACAGUGGAGGAAAAUUUACGUCAAAGUAUUAAGAAAAUAUCAGUGAACAUUUUAAAUAUAGAACUAAUUACUUGCAAAUUAACUUUAUAAUUAUUUUUUAAAUGAACAUUAUCCUUGAGCAUAGACUAAUUUCUAGGGAGUCUGAGAGUGCAAUACUAUGUGCCAGUAGCAGUGUGUCAUUUGAUGAUUAGUACCUCUUUGUAUAAAAAAAAGUUACUUUUUAAAAUAAAUCCAAUUCAUUAUUCAGUUAAGAAUAAAAAUUUGCAAUUAAGGAACCAACUAAUAUGAGUAAAUUUAUGUAAUUAAAGUCUAAAAUGGGUUGUGAUGGUUGACAAAUUUUUUUUUCUGUGUUUACCAGGCCAUUGAUUCCUCUUAUUUUCUAACAAAAAAUAAUCUGUUAAUAUCAGCAUGUUUUUAAGUUUCAAGGUUGAAUGUUGGGUUCAGGAUUUCAUUUAACUCAAUAGUUGAGCAGAUAUUCUAUUUCUAAUAAAGAAGUUUUGAAUGUGGAUUUGUUCUAUAUUUGAUUCAUGUUAGGAGCCAGCAGGAAUUUUGUUUUGCCGCUAACAACUGUGUGUCAUUUACCAAGAUGACAUUGAUUGCACAAGCUUUGUACAAUCACUACUGUAUGAUUUUUUUUUAAAUUGCACUUAAAUGCCACAAGACUUUGAGUGCAUUUUUCUCUGUAAUGUGGAUGCACAAAUCUUUGAUACCUACAUUCCAAAAAUCAUUGUGCUGUAAGCAGAAUACUUCCACAUUACCAUUCUAUGACAUUCCAGGACUCAAUUGUACUCAAGUGAAUUACUGAACUGCUGAAAUGUUAUUGUGCAAUUUUGUAUAAUGAAAACUGAAUGUCAUUAAUUGUCCAGUUUAGCUAUAACAAAGAACACAGAGUCAUCCUAAAUUGUACUCAAGUUUACCGUGAACUCAUUCAAGUAUUUGAAAUUUCAUACUCACUGUAUGUUGUUCUAAGUAUCCUUGUGGGGUGUAUUAGCCUAGAGUUUGUUCACACUAAAAAGUGGCCUUGGACUCUGUUGUAUCUUCAGAAGCAAAUAGAAUUGUUUGUUUUAAUCAUGCAUUUUGUACUGGUUCUGUAUUUUAUUGAAAUGCAUUUGUGGUUUUGGUGCACAUUCAGCACUGUGAUAGUUGCAUCAAAUUAAUAUCUUGUACAUUAGUUUAUAUUGGUUAACAAUUUUAUGUCCAUUAAAUUAUACUUUAAUUCA